CAACAAAAACAGCAGCAACAAAAACAGCAGUAGCAACAACAGCAAUAGCAAAAAUAGCAGCAACAAAAAUAGCAACAACAAAAACAGCAGCAACAAAAACAGCAGCAACAAAAAUAGCAAUAGCAAAAACAGCAGAGGCAACAAUAGUAGCAACAAAAAUA